AUGGCCGGCGGUGACAUUGUCACUGUUACUGAAGACGAAGAAACCGCCGCUGGUGAAGCGCACAUUGAGAUCGUAGGCACAUUGUCGCCCUCUAUCUCGGCUGCUCGCUGGUCACCAGAUGAAGAGCUACUUGCCAUCGCAACAGGGGAUGCCAAGGUGCUCUUCAUGAGCCGGGGCUUCGAUGUUAUUUCAGAGGUUGGCCUCAGCGAAGAGGACUUGAGGCUGUCAAAGCAUGUCUCCAUCGGAUGGGGCAAGAAGGAGACUCAGUUUAUCGGCAAGGGCGCCAAGGCCAAGGGGCUUCGAGACCCUACUAUUCCGGAGAAGGUAGACGAGGGCGCCUUGAGCUCAAACGAUGAUGGGCGGUGCACGAUCAGUUGGAGAGGUGAUGGUGCGUAUGUUGCUGUCAACUUCCUUCAGCAAGGACAACGACGUGUGAUCCGGGUGUACAACCGUGAUGGUGAGUUGGACAGUGUCAGUGAACCCGUGGAUGGGCUUGAGGGCGCUCUGAGUUGGCGGCCUGAGGGAAAUCUCAUGGCCGGGAUUCAGCGUCUCUCGGACCGUAUUGACGUUGUGUUCUUUGAAAGAAAUGGCCUGCGCCAUGGGCAGUUCACACUUCGAGCGCCCCAGGACGCCCCUGAUGUGGCUGCAGAGCUGGCGCUUGAGUGGAACUCGGACUCAACCGUUCUAGCUGUUAUCAUGAAGGAUAGAGUACAGCUAUGGACUACAGGCAACUACCACUGGUAUCUGAAACAAGAGUUCCUCUGUGGUGACGGUGGUAGCAAGCACCACCAGAGUCCAAAGUUUGCCUGGCAUGCAGAGAAACCACUGUUGUGUGUUGCGGCGACAGCAGGCAAAGUACUUGUCAACGAGUACAUUUUCACCAUCGCCCGUGGGCCGGGAGUUUCUCCUCACGACUUCGGAGCUGUUGCCGUAAUUGACGGUCAGACGCUCAAAUUCACCCCUUUCCGGACGGCUAAUGUGCCUCCUCCGAUGGCCUUUGACGAACUCGAAGUCGAGUCUCCUAUUAUUGACGUUACAAUCGGACGGGAUUGCAACUCGAUGGCCGUGCUGCACCGAAGUGGUGUUAGCUUCUUCGAGCUUAUCAUCCAGGGACCACGGAUGCUACCCCCGAAGCUUGCCUCUACGGCUUCCUUUAGGAAGACACAUGCCCAGUUAUACGAGGAACAUGUACUUCAGGUUGGCCUGUCUGGCUCAAAUGAGGUUCACAUUCUUCAAAUGUCGGAAGACAUGGAGAUUGUCAGGCACACAUUUGAAGGCACACAAACAAACGAACACGGGUGGCAAAAGACGGAUGCAACUUCCAUCACAACCAUUACAACACCUAUAGUGCCACCAGUUGUCGAGGAAGACGGAGUCAUUGCUCAGGAUUGGCGUGGCAGACUGAGCAGAAUCAUUGAAGGAGAACACCUCCCGCUUCCUGCCGAGUUUGCCAACUUCUUGCCCUGGACAAGUUACAUUACACAUUCAGGCGAGUUCCUGGCUUUUGGACAGGCUCGGAAUGGCUACCUCUACUGCAACUCGACGCUACUGGCCAGGAACUGUACUUCUUUUGUUGUUACCAAGCAUCAUCUCAUCUUCACGACUACCAACCACUUCGUCAAGUUUGUUCACUUGGCUACGGAAGAAGAGCUUGAGGUUCCCCAGGACGACCCCGAGAAUGACGAACGAUGCCGGAGUAUCGAGCGGGGAGGCAGGCUGGUCGUUGCCAUGCCCAGCAGGAUGAGCAUUGUGCUUCAGAUGCCUCGUGGCAAUCUUGAGACAAUUUAUCCCCGGGCUAUGGUUUUGUCCGGCAUCCGCGACCUUAUCGAGGCCAAGAACUAUGGCGCUGCUUUUGCGACAUGCCGCACUCAGCGUGUGGAUAUGAACCUGCUCUAUGAUCACCGACCGGAGCAGUUCCUGGAGCACGUCGGCUUGUUCUUGGAGCAGGUGAAGGAUACGGCCAGCAUUGACUUGUUCUUGUCCACUCUUAAGGAGGAGGAUGUCACCCGGACUAUGUACAAGGACACCAAGGCUGGCUCAGCUCCGCAGUCGCAAGAAGCUGAAACGGCUGCUAAAGAAAGCAAGAUCAACAAGAUAUGUGAUGCUGUUUUGGCAAAGCUCAAGACCCAGAAGAACGCCAACCUCCAAAACAUCAUCACAGCGCAUGUCUGCAAGAACCCACCAGCCCUCGAUGAUGGCUUGCGCGUGGUUGCCGAUCUUAUGCAAGAACAUGAGGCACUAGCCGAACGUGCUGUUGAGCACAUUUGCUUCCUGGUAGAUGUCAACAGACUCUACGACCACGCCCUCGGUUUGUACAAUCUCGAACUUACUUUGCUGGUUGCCCAGCAGUCUCAACGUGAUCCCAGAGAGUAUCUCCCAUUUAUUCAAGAACUUCACAAGAUGCCAAAGCUCCAGCGAAAGUACACAAUCGAUGACAAGCUCGGGAACCACGAGAAAGCCCUGGACCAUCUCAAGGCUCUUGGCAAUUUCGAGGAGGUGAAGACGUACACCGUCAAGCACAAGCUCUACCAGCACGCCUUGAGCAUCUACCGUCACGACGAGCAGCACCACCGCGUGAUUACCGACCUCUUCGCCGCCCACCUCAAGUCUAUCUCCCAGUUUAAGGAAGCCGGCCUAGCCUACGAGUCACUCAACAGCUACCACGACGCCACAGACUGUUACCUCAAAGCGGGCGCCGCCUGCUGGCGCGAAUGCCUCUACGUUGCCCAGCAGCAAGACCCGCCCAUCACCGCUCAGCGACUAGAAGAAGUAGCAAGCGACCUUGCCGACGCCCUCCGCGAAGCAAAGGACUAUGCCGCCGCGGCAACAAUCCACAUGGAGUACCUCUCUUCUAUCGAAUCCGCCAUCCAAUCCCUCUGCAAGGGCUACCUCUUUGCCGAUGCGCUCCGGCUUGUCGCCCUGCACAAGCGACGUGACCUUCUUGAGAGCCAUAUUGACAGCGGCCUCGCGGAUGCCUUCUCCUCCAGCAUUGAGUUCUUGGCUGAUUGCAAAGCCCAACUCAAGGCGCAAGUUCCGCGCAUCCUUGAGCUCCGCAAGAAGGCAAAGGAGGACCCGCUGGCGUUUUACGAGGGGGAGAACCCCUUUGGGAGCAAGAACGCGGAUGGUUAUGACAUCCCGGAUGAUAUCUCUAUUGCUGCUAGCUCGAGGGCGACGACGAGCGCGUCGAUGUUUACGAGGUAUACCGGCAAGGCUGGGAGCGUGGGGACUGUUGGCUCCAAUGUCUCGAGAGCAACAAGCAAAAACAGGAGGAGGGAGGAGAAGAAGAGGGCGAGGGGGAGGAAGGGGACGGUUUAUGAGGAGGAGUAUUUGGUUAAUAGUGUCAGGAGGUUGGUGGAGAGGGUGGAGGGGACGAAGGGGGAGGUGGAGAGGUUGGUCUUUGGGUUGGUGAGGAGGGAUAUGCAGGAGCGGGCAAGGGUUAUUGAGGAGGCGAUGGGGGUUGUGCUGGAGGGGUGUAGGCAGGCUGUUGGGGAGGUUUGGCCGCAGGAGGAGAAACAGCAAGUUGAGGGUGAAGGGGAGGAUGGAGAGGGGUGGAGGCCGGUGGGCGGGGAUGGGGUGCUGUUUGAGAGUUUGGAGGCUAUGAGGGCUAAGCAAACGGCGCCGGUGGUGACGGGGUUCGAGAAGUUGGCACUUUUGGGGGGAAAGAAGUGA